UUAUAUUUUUGGGGUGGACUAUCCCUUUAAGAAACCUACACUAGCCUAUAAUCGACAUAAAGAACUUUACAAUAAACGAGAGAAAUUUAGAGUUUUGUUAAUUAUUUAUAAAUUUUGUAAUGUAUGUUAAUUGUAGCACAAGUAAUCACCACGUAAGAUCAUUACUUCUAUAUGUAUAACUGCCCGUGUGAUAAUUAUUUCGUCAUGAUGAUGCAAUCCUUAAAAAUAAUUUUUUAAAGCUGUUUAGUUUCAAGCAGGUUGAAGAAUAACAUGAUUAACUGGGCCGGUUGCAUAAAAGGUUAAGACUAGUCUUAAAAGUUAGAAAGCUCAUUUUUUUUCUUUAAGAUUAGUCCUUUUAUUAUUGUUGUUAUUAUUUGGUUACAUAAAAGCGUAGAUUAGUCUAAAUUGGAUCCAAAAAUAAUUACCCUUUGGCUAAGUGCUAACUUUAGCUGGAUAAAAGCUGGUAAAAAGUUUAUGCUAGUGGCCCCAGGUCCAGUAAUAACAGAAAUAUUUGCGAUGAUCGUAAAGCUGUUGUUUUUCAGCUCGGUAAUUAGCACAGCUUUGAAUUGCUAUCAGUGUUUUAUUGAUGUCGAUGACAGUCUUCGUUUGUGGUGGGGCCAUAUUCUCACCGAGUACAAUGUUGACUCUUGUUACACACUCAAUCGCAUAUUCAACAACGAGUCGAGAGUAAAUGAAGCAGAAAAAGUAGGGAGAGGCUAUGACGUAAUGCUGAAGAAUAUCUUAAAAUAAUGGUAACAGACCCUUAUCCAUGAACUCCAACAAUACUUAAAUUACAACAGACACAAAGAGUUCAGGCUUCAAGCAGCUGCAAACAAUUUCAUUGCUGCAGCCUCAAGGCUGCCCAGAGCCUCUGGACGUUUCCCCCCAUGUGGUUUCCAGGCGCAAGGUGCUGUUUAUAACUGCAUAACCUGUCAGUACAACUCCUGUGAAUUCCCGCUGGAUUGCCCCGUGAAGGAAAUCAGUGUAAAGGAGAACAACAGGACUCAGAUGUGGUGUAAGGUCCCUUUUCUGCUUCCCACAGAUGGAGAGAUAGUCUGGAGAUACACAGUGUUGACGGAUCGGUUUGACGAGGUCACGGUUGGAGUGGAUCCACUUUACUUUAUCCCCUCUGCCCGGCCAGAGCACUCGGGCACCUACCAGUGUGAAAUAUUCUCUCAGGAGCACUCACUCGUCCGUAUCUACUACUACGUCACAGUAGUCCCUAUGGCACAGAUAGGCCAUGCAGAACUACAGGAUGUUUUUGAACAGGCUCUCCUCCCAGGAGGCCAGUUCUCUUCCCUGUCCCCUACAGUUCCAUUCACCUUAUGGCUUCCCAGUCCUGCCCUUGUCACCACCUGUCUGACUGCAAUACUUCUGCUGGUCUUCAUUAGUCUAGGGUAAUAAUUUCUUAAUUUUCAGUGUAAUAAUUCAUUGUAAUUCCUAUUUAUUUAAUUUUUAAAUUUAAUUUUAUACUUUUUUUGUACAUUUUUGAAUAACAUAUUUGCAUGUUCACGUACUAGGGAUGUAACAGUACAUGUAUUUGUCCUGAACUGUCACAGUACAGACGUCACGUGAUUCUGUCGAAUCUCACAAUAUCUCAACUUCAAGAG